GCUUGAAGCAUGAUCGUAGGAUGAGCUCUCGCGCAUCUCUAUCCAAUUUGAAGCAAUUACGGAAGCUAAAAUAUUCAGUACCUAAGUCCCAAUCACCAUCACCAUACAACUCACCCCAGAAACAUAAUGGUACACAAGAAACGCUAUCUUCCAUUGUCGCUACCACAGUUGCAUCACUCAACGCCUUGAUGACACCUCUACAGUCUGUAAAGUCGGCGAACAUUAGACUUCUCAGUCUGAAAAUGUUUGGGGAGAUGUUUUUCAACCUCUGGCAACAAUACAUCAGUAGUACACGGAGCCUCCAACCACUGAGAUCGAGGAUACCCAGAGAUGACAAGUUGACAUCGGUUGGAAGAACCUCCAGCCCUGUGCAUCUUUUCAUGUACAAACGUCUCAAAUUUUGAAGAUUCCCAAUUGUAGAAGGAAGUGUCACCAAACUUUUGCAGUUGUUGAGUAUCAAAGACUCGAGCUUGGUGGCCUUUGAAAGAUCUAGAAUUUCUUCAAUGGCGGUGUUUUCCAGAUAGAGCCAUUUGAUACUCUUUGAAAUCAGAGGAAAAGUUCUCAAACUUGAGCAACCACUGAGAUCGAGGGUUUCGAGAGAUGACAAGUUGACAUCGGUUGGAAGAACCUCCAGCCCUGUGCAUUCUUUCAUUUCCAACCUCACCAAUUUUUGGAGAUUCCCAAUAGUAGAAGGAAGUGUCACCAAACUUUUGCAGUUGUUGAGAUAUAAAUGCUUCAGAUUGGUGGCCUUUGAAAGAUCUGGAAUUUCUGUCAGGUUUUCAGAUUCUGACAGAUCCAUCUCUUCGAGACUUCCAAGCGACUGAAAAAAACAUUAUCGAUGAUAAUCAUUUUAAUUUUAUACCUAUAUAUGUUUAAAAUUAUAAUUAAACAUUAUUACGUAU